AUGUACAAAGACACACAUACGCGUACGGAAAAACGUGGAGUGGUACACCGCAAAGAAACAAACGUAAAUAUAUACAGUAAGGUACAUGAACGUGAGUAUAACCGCGUUUACCUAACAACGUCCAUAGCAUUGUAUGGAUGGAUACGGAACGUCUGUUACUAA